AUAUUUUCAACUGCUGAUGACUGCCUGCUACUGAGCGUUUCCCUAUUGUAUAACAAGACGCAAAAUGGCGGCGUCCUUGGUCGCGAAGAAGCUGUUUUCUCUUCUGAAGACCCAGACCCCAGUCCAGGUGAUAUCGGUGCGGACAGCCAAGAGAGGUAUACGGAACAAGAGACGGAGGCCAGUCCAGUCAUGGUUUGACCCUGCAGAUAAAUCAUGGGCCGAGCCCAUCCUCAAACACCAACAGGCCAAAGCCUCACAGCCAGAGCCAGAGCCCUCCAUGCUACACAUGGUCUACCGAGUCAAGGACCACUACACACGACCCUACUGGGAGAAGGACGUAUUGAAGGAAUUGGAACUUUUUGACAAGGCUUACAACCCAGUAGUUUUGAAGAACACGCCUGAGAUGAAUGAGAAACUGAGCCAGAUUAAGCAUCUGAUACGUAUCAAGCCUGUGACCUUUCCCUAUGGACUCCCAAAAGAAGAAAGUGACUACAAGCAUUGCUACCUCACAGAGAAUGGGGAAUUUAUCGUGAAGCAUAAAAUCGAUGAUCAAUCGACAGAGGUAGAGCAAGCCUGGGCAGAAGUAAAACUGGUGGAAGAGCGAGGGGAGUCUGAAGACAUAUGGCGUAUGGACCACGCCACCAUCAGGAAGGAAUGUAACAGAGUCUUACAACUGUACAACCUGAACCAGGAAUAUUUCCCCGAGCAAUACAUCUACAGACACAAUCAAGAUGGGAAGGAAGACCGCUACAAGGGCAACCAAGACAUUGGCAAUAGGAGGCAUGACUGGUACUGAGAGCUGAGGGUGUGGUGGUGUUUUGGUUGAUGUAUAGUGGAGACUCAUACUGAGGUGGGGUCGUGUAUUUUUGGUGAUGAGUUGUAGAGAUUGGUACUAGAUCUAAGGAUGAAGUGGUUUAUUUUGGAUGAUGUAUUGUGAGACUGGUACUGAGGAUGAGGUGUUGUGUUUUGGCUGAUGUAUUGUUUUAGGAGGCAUGGACUGAGGGUGUGGUGUUUUGUUUCAGAGACAGAUGCUGUAUAAGUACCCGGUACUGGAGAGGAGACUGAGACUUUGGAUGAGAUCGUGUGUUUUGUCUGAUGUGUUGUAGAGGAGGCUGGCACUAAGAAUGGGGUGGUGUUUUGUAGAUUAUGUAUUGUGAGACUGGUACUGAAGGUGGGAUGGUGUGUUUUAGAUGUCGAAUCAUGAGUCUGGUGCUGAAAGUGUGAUGGUGUGUUUGGAUGACGAUUUGUGGAAGAGACUGGGGACUUGGGGUGAGGUGGUGUGUUUUGGGUGAUACGUUGUUUACUGAAAGCGCAGUGAUUUAUUGUUGAGAAGGCAUGAUGUGUCUGACAAGAAAGGAAGACACCAUGACUCUGGUAUAGAAUGAGAGUUUUGAUGUCACAAAGUUGAGUAUUAUGCAGAGAGUAAACAGUGCGACUUGUGAUGAAAAUUUUGUGACAAACUUUGGUCUCUGUGUGAACAACUGCAAUGUGCGUGAAAGUUCAAAGUGAUUGGCAUGUCUGUUUUUGUGCUAGUCUUGCAUAAAGUUGUUGAAGUUUAUUAUUAUAAAUUCCCACAACUGAACUGAAUGUACUAUUUGAGCUAGGAUUUUGUAACAGGAGCUUAAUAGUUGAGCUGUGGUCGAUGAUAAUGGUGAUGAACUUUGUUGUGGAACAGUUGAGAGGAAAAAGCUGCAUGAUUAUCGGAGGAAUGCCACACUGAUUGUGCUGGAGAAACGAUUCUGCCAGAUUGUCUCUUCUCAAGACUCUCAGCUAGAUUUUCCCACAUCAUGAUCAUCCCUGUUGACAUUUUCCAUUUUUGUGGACAUUUUAUGUCAAACUUUUAGCUGUACUGUUAGAAAGGCUAGGACUAAGAGAGGGAGACGGUUGAGGAUGGAUGAAGGAGUAAUUUUUAAAACUUAAUAUGAAUGAAGUCUGUGUCAGUAUGCUUUCUUAAUGUAAUGUUAUUGAAAUAAAAACAUACAAACAUU